AUGAGAGCAACCACUCUUUUCUUGGGCCUGGGCCUUUUGGUCCUCUGCCUUUCGAGCUACAUCCAAGCGGUAGAUGAGCCCACCGAUGGCAGCACCACCCCCACUGACGGCAGCACCACCCCCACACUGAUGGCAGCACCACCCCCACUGAUGGUAGCACCACCCCCACUGAUGGCAGCACCACCCCCACUGAUGGCAGCACCACCCCCACUGACGGAAGCACCACCCCCACUGAUGGAAGCACCACCCCAACUGAUGGAAGCACCACCCCAACUGAUGGCAGCACCACCCCCACUGAUGGCAGCACCUCUCCCUCAACAGGUGGUAGCACAAGUCCUUCAGCAGCAACAACAAGAACAGCCGCAAGAAGAGGCGCCAGCGGGCACAACAGCGUCGUCGUCGCCGUCAGCGAGCCCAGCGCAGAAAGAACCGCCGGAACAGCAGGAGGAACAAUAA